AUGGCGGCCACUGAACUAGACCUGUUCUCUAAUGAGGACAAACGAAACUUGCAGCUUGGAGGCCAUGUGGGGUUUGACAGUCUUCCUGAUCAGCUGGUCAGCAAAUCAGUUGCCCAAGGCUUCUGUUUUAACAUUCUCUGUGUAGGUGAAACGGGAAUCGGAAAAUCAACUCUUAUAAAUACUUUGUUCAAUACAACUUUUGAAAAUGAAGAAGCCAGCCAUUAUGAGAAUGAGGUGCAGCUACGUCCACAAACAUUUGAGCUGCAGGAGAGCAACGUCAGCCUGAAGCUCACGAUUGUGCACACGGUUGGGUUUGGUGACCAGAUCAACAAAGAAGAAUGCUACAAACCCAUUAUAGAAUACAUUGACGCUCAGUUUGCAAACUAUCUUGAGGAGGAGCUGAAAAUCAAACGGUCCUUGUUCAGUUACCAUGACACAAGAAUCCACAUCUGCCUGUAUUUCAUUGCGCCCACCGGACACUCCCUGAAGUCACUGGAUCUGGUCACAAUGAAGAAACUGGACAGCAAGGUGAACAUCAUUCCAGUCAUAGCAAAAGCCGAUACCGUUUCAAGAAGUGAAUUGGACAAGUUAAAAAUCAAGAUAAUGAGUGAGCUGGUCAGUAACGGCGUGCAAAUCUACAACUUUCCAACAGAAGACGAGGCAGUCGCAGAGAUCAACGCCUCAAUGAAUACAUAUCUCCCUUUUGCAGUCAUAGGAAGUAUGGAAGAUGUUAAAGUGGGGAACAAGAUGGUGAAAGCGAGAUUAUACCCCUGGGGAUCUGUUCAAGUGGAAAAUGAAAACCAUUGUGAUUUUGUGAAGCUGAGGGAGAUGCUAUUGCGAGUAAAUAUGGAAGAUCUCCGAGAGCAAACGCACGCCCGUCACUACGAGCUGUACCGGCGCUGCAAGCUGGAGGAGAUGGGCUUCAAAGAUGCAGACCCAAACAGCAAGUCCUUCAGCCUCCAGGAGACGUAUGAAACCAAGAGGAAGGAGUUUCUGCUGGAGCUUCAGCGCAAAGAAGAAGAAAUGAGGCAGAUGUUUGUAAACAAAGUCAAAGAAACGGAGGCCGAGCUGAAAGAAAAAGAAAAAGAGCUUCAUGACAAAUUUGAGCAGCUAAAGCGCAUGCACCAAGAGGAAAAGAGAAACCUGGAGGAGAAACGGCGUGAGUUAGAGGAGGAGAUGAAUGCCUUUAACAGAAGGAAGGUGGCAGCGGAGACUCUGAUGGGCCAAGGGCUUCAAGGCGGCUCCCAGCCUUUCAAAAAGGACAAGGACAAGAAGAACUUUUUUACCAAGAUGAUUGACACAGCAACAGCUGCCCCAGGAGCAUUGCCUUUUGCAGUGCAGCUUAAGGCUUUGAUGGAACAGGAGAGUCGAUACCAGCCAAAGCUAGGAGGUCUAAGACAUUUGGAAUGUGCAAAUGACAAUGGCCUCCGCAUGACCACCAAACUGCGAGAGCUGGAGGUGAAGGACCUGCUGUCUCUGACCAGGUUCUUUGGAUUCAGCUCUGAGACGUUCUCUCUGGCCAUCAGCAUCCUGGAUCGCUUUUUGUCUGUCAUGAAGAUUCAGCCCAAACACCUGUCCUGCGUGGGCUUAUGCUGCUUCUUCAUUGCCGUGAAGUCUUCUGAAGAGGAGAAGAAUGUGCCUCUUGCCAAUAACCUGAUCCGCAUCACUCAGAACCGCUUCACGGUGUCAGACAUGAUGAGGAUGGAGACCAUCAUCAUGGAGAAACUCCACUGGAAAGUGAAAGCCCCCACAGCACUGCGCUUUCUCCGCCUUUUCCACAGCCACAUCCAGGAGCAGCUUGACCAUGAGAGCAAGGAGAUUCUCAGCAUCGAACGAUUGGAAGCUCAACUGAAGGCUUGUCACUGCUCAUUUAUUUUUACAAAAAUGAAGCCAUCAUUGUUGGCUCUUGCUUUACUGAACUUUGAACUUCACGAGCAGCAUGAUCCUGAGCACAGUGAUCAAAUAUCCAAGAUCCUCUGUGCUGUUCAGAUGCAGCUUAAUAUUAAGGAUGGUGAUCUGGUGUGUGUGCGAGAGCUGGUCGGGAAGUGCCUGGCAGAAUAUUCCAAGUCCAAGUUCCCCAAGCCAAACCGCAGAAGACUUCGUUGGACCAUUUCAGGAAGAACUGCACGCCAGCUUAAGCAUAGCUACUACAAAAUCACUCAUCUACCCACAAUCCUAGAGUCCGCCAAUUGA